CUAUUUAUUUCCCAACAUUGAUUUUAACCUGUGUUUUCAUUUUGCGUUAUUAAGUUUGAGAGACUGAAGAUCAGGAGUCAGUCACUAAAAAAAGCUGAAACUGACAUCUCACAGACACUCAUUCUGAGUCUUCAGUAUAGGGGUGACAUGGAGCCAGAAGCUAACACACAGGAAACUUCUCCACUUACGUCUGCAGCCAUGUGGUGGGGCACCCUGGGGUCUGUUCGUCCUUUCCCAAAUUUACAUCCCGAGAGAGAUGCUACAGUCCUUCACACUGCACUGGAGAAGAAAGAUGUGAGCACCAUUGUGAGAAUACUGACCAAUCGCAGUAAUGCUCAGAGACAAUCUCUUGCCCAGGCCUACAAGAAUUUCUCACAAAAAGAAUUGGAAGCAAGUCUGAAGAAGGUUCUUUCCGGUGAUCUGCAGUCUCUGAUACUUGGACUGAUGAUGAUACCAGAGAAGUUUGAGGCCCAUCGCUUACGCAAAGCCAUGGAGGGGGCUGGUACAGAUGAAGAAACUCUUUUGGAGAUUUUGUGCACAAGGACCCCACAGCAGCUCUCUGACAUCAGGGCUGCAUACAGUCAAGAAUAUAAGCGGGAUUUGGAGAAAGACUUGAUAAGUGAAACCAGUGGAGAUUUUGCAAAGCUCGUUGUGGCAUUGUUGAAGAAAGAGAAUGGGCCAGGGAUUAUUGACCAGGAUAUAGCAUCUUUGUCUGAGGAGCUGAAAAACAAGAAACCUGCAGCUGAUAUUUGGAUCAAAUUACUCACCACAAGAAACCCAGACCAUCUUAGAACUGUGCUGGAAGAACUGGAGUUUGAGAUAGGCCAGACAGUGAAGGAGACUUUAGACGGACAUUUUAAAGGAGUCCUCUCUGGAGACUUCAAAAAGGGCUUAAAGACACUAGUGCAAUGUAUACAAAACCAAUAUCUAUUCUUGGCACAACGGAUCCAAACUAUGAAAGCACCGGUGGUCCAGGGUGUGAUGGUGGCUCACAGUGAGGAGGAUCUACUGAGAGUUAGAGUGGCAUACCUUCAGUCAACAGGGACUUCUCUGUACACGACCUUACAGAAGCAGUUCAAAGGUGAACUCCAGCAGGGUUUGUUGGCUAUAUGUCGUGCAGAAGAUUAGAAGAAGUGCUGUAUCUGAUGCAAAUAAGCAUUUUUACAUUUACGUGCACACAGUGAAAGCACAUUCCAUUCAUUUUAAUAAAAAAAACUUUGGGUCUGAAUAAAUAAAUAAAUAAAAUGUUA